UUUGUACGAAUAUUUUAGUUACGAGCAUCAGUGGAUCCUUGAACGCCCAGAUUGUGAUGGGUCAUACCGUCGAAAAUUAGUGUCGAAUCAAAUUGUUUAUAUUGUUGUUAUGUUAACCAGUGUUAUAGUGGUCUGAAUAUUAAUUAAAUAACAAGUCAUAUUUAAAGAAAACAAUGAUGUUUCAAUUAGUAUUAGUCCUGGCGGCUUUGGCUGCAUUAUUCUAUUAUUUUGCUAUAAAACCCUUGAGUUACUGGAAAGAAAGAGGAAUAAAACAGACGAAACCUGUAUGGUUACUUGGCGAUAGUUGGGGUACCUUCCUGAAGAUGCAUAGUUUAGUGGACUUUGUACAAAAUGUCUAUGACCAAGUUCCGGGUGUAAGAUAUUUUGGACUGUACGAGAUGGUGACGCCCACACUUGCCAUACGAGACCCAGAUCUAAUCAAGCAGAUUGCCGUUAAAGACUUUGAACAUUUCACGGAUCAUAGAAUAAUGUUCCCUAAAAACUCCGAUCCCUUAAUGGGAAAGAAUCUAUUUGCAUUAAAAGGUCAAGUAUGGCGUGAUACGAGACCGAUCCUCAGUCCAACCUUCACCAGCAGCAAAAUGCGAGCCAUGUUCGUCCUGAUGUCUGAAUGUGGUGAGAACUUCAUAAAAUAUUUCCUGGACAAUGACAAAGAUACUAUCGAAACGGAAAUGAAGGAUACUUUUAGACGAUUCACGAACGAUGUUAUUGCUACGACUGCUUUUGGCGUUAAAACAGAUUCUUUAAAGCACAGAGAUAAUGAUUUUUUUGUUAUGGGAAUGAAAGCAGUAGAUUUUGGGUUCUGGAAAAGUCUCAAGUUUUUUGGAUAUAUACUCAUGCCGAAGGUUUUAGGGUUCUUCAAAGUUACAAUUUUUGGCAAAGAAUUAAAUGAAUUUUUUAUGGACCUGAUUAAUAAGACAGUCAGAAUUCGAGAAGAGAAAGGGAUUGUUCGUCCUGAUAUGAUCCACUUACUAAUGGAGGCCAGAAAAGGAAUUCAGCAGAAAGAAGAGAAGGUUAUAGAUACUGGAUUUGCUGUAGUAGAAGAAGCAGAUUUAGGAUAUGGUAAAGGUGCCAAAGAAAUCACCAAUGAAGAUAUAGCUGCUCACGCUCUGAUUUUCUUCUUUGCUGGCUUCGAUGGCGUAUCGUCGUUGAUGUGUUUUACAAUCUAUGAAUUAGCAGUGAACCCUGAUAUCCAAAAUAGAUUGAGAGAAGAAGUCGAAGAAACUUUUAGAGAAUGCAACGGAAAGAUAACCUACGAAGGUCUGUUGAAAAUGAAGUACUUGGACAUGGUUGUCUCAGAAACUUUACGAAAAUGGCCAAUCGCUGUAAUGGCUGACAGACUAUGUACCAGACCUUACACCAUCCCUCCUGCAACACCAGACGAAAAGCCCCUUUAUAUUGAAAAGAACACAGUUAUUCUUUUUCCCAUAUGGCCGAUACAUAGGGAUCCGGCAUUCUACGAAAACCCUGACAGAUUUGACCCAGAAAGAUUCAACGACGAAAACAAGUCAAAAAUAAACCCGUACACAUACCUUCCCUUUGGCAUUGGUCCUAGGAACUGUAUAGGAUCUCGAUUUGCUCUUUUAGAAACGAAAGUGGUGCUAUUUUAUCUUUUGGUCAAUUUUAUAAUUGAACCUUCGGCAAAACUUAACGUACCAUUAAAAAUAUCCAAGAAACAAUUCAAUGUUACAGCAGAAGGCGGAUUUUGGUUUAACUUGAAGAAAAUAAAAAAAUAAAAUAUGCCAAGAGGUACAUACCUAUUACAAAACUAAACAUUGUAGAAUAUGCUAUUGUAUUUGCUUUUCAAUAUUGCUGUGUAGGUAGAAUACUUGCUUUAAGAUUCUAGAAAAUAAAAUCUAUAGUUGCGAGAACCUAAAA